AUUUUAUUCAUGCACAGGGCGAGCGAGCGAGUGAGUGCGUCUGGAGAGGCUCUGUGGGUGGGGGCUCUGCUCUGAGUCAAUGCUACUGCAUGUCUAGAGAGGGGAGACAGAAGCAGCGUUUGCGCGCACGGUUUGACUUUCGGAGGUCGAGACGGGGAUCUGCAACCAGAUUCCUCAAGUGCAAGUUUCAAGACUUUCCGUUAUGAUCUAGGUCCGCAAAUUCCUCAACUGAAGAAUUUCUGAACGCUGUAGACUUUGCUUUUCUGAAGACUGCUCUCACAGAGCUCAGAGCUCAGAGUGCAGAGUUUAGAGUUCAGAGUGCAUUCGUCCAUGCGCAAGCCAAGUCCGGGAGUUCGGCCAAGUUCCUAGCAACCGAUUCAGGAAGCUUCUGAGAAUCACAUGCCUCCGUAUUGUGCACCAGUUCUUUCCGGAAUUGCCUUUCUUCCCACCCAUCAUCCUCCUCAUCAUCAUCAUGUGAACGGGGCUCAGAGUGGACGAAUUCUUCUUUCUAUUAGGCUUAUGGCAUAUUACCCCCGGAGCAGUUCGCCCUAGCCUUUCGUUCGGACUAGCUUCCGCCCGCGGACAAAGCGAAAUUCAAGGGCGCGAGUUUUUGCGUGCGUAUAUUCUCUCCGGCUCUCGCGCAACUUGCCGAGAUUAGAUAGAAGAGGGCGGACUGGCGGUCAAGUUUGAAGCAUGGAGCGAUUGGUAAUGAUGCCAAGGCAGCCAGCCCUCUUGCUCGAGCUGCGAUGCGAAGCUAGACCAAAGCUGGAUCGCUGGCGGUCAAGUUGAAGGAUUGAUUGAUUAAUCGAUUGAUAAUAAUGCCAAGCCAGCCCCCCGCCUCCUCCUUGCUCGAGCUGCGCUGGGCAGUUAGACCAAAGUUGGAGCGAGAUAGAGAGGGGGAGAGAGAGAGCAACUCUGCACUGCACUGGACUGAGUUGUGCAGAGCUAGGCAGGGACUGAGUGUAGGGCCAUGAGAGACGAGGAGGAGGAGGAGGAGGAGAAGAAUAAUAAAAUAAGAGGUGCAUGUCGAUGGAGGAAUAUGUCAAGCUGCUGCACGUAGCCAGAGAGUGGAAGGAAUUUUGUGGGAGAGUGUGAUCGUUCUUCACAUGGACUGUUGCGGGAUCGGGGCGUGAGCAGAUAUGCGGGACUUUUUCUCGCCCCAAAAGGGCGAAAAGAGACGAGCUCCAAUUGCAUUUGGAAUGGGGGUGAGGGAAUGACGCCCCGAGAGGGUCAGAUCUUACAAGUCCAACCAUAAUAGAGGCCUUGAAAGCGGUGAUGUGAUUGUGUGGAUCCGUCUCGAAGCAAGCACGUCAAAAGCACAGAUCGUCUCACCGAGCAUCGAGUCUCUAUCGGUAGCGGCUACAUUCCUGGCGCUCCUGCGGCUUCUGUUGCUGCUGCUGCUGCUGCUGCUGCUCGGAGGUUGGUUCUGAGCUUUCAAAAUAAUCCAUGCGACUGGGAGUUGGAACAAAAAGAGCAGAGAAUUUUGCUGGCGAUCUAGACAUGGUUGUCGUGUUCAUGUCUUGUGGAAAAAGGAGACAGUAUAACCUAAUUAUUGCACAACACCACAUCGAAUCGACUCCGAUGAAAGGCCACAGCAGGCAGGCGUCUUAGAAUAUGGCUUGUUUAUUGCGCUGCGUCCCUUUACCUUUACCUUCCCAGUGGCCGGCCUCAUACAAUAUCCCCUCUCCCCAUCCUGAACUGAGCUGCGCUGCCCUCGUUGAACUUUCAAACAUCGUGCCUGGAGUCCUUUCACAUGCCAUCUCCUGCACAUUCCCCGGCUUUUCUGGGUGUGCCUAACGUUUUAAACAGUUUCUGCAUUGCUCCUCUGCUGCUGCUGCUGCUGCUGCAGUCAGAGCCUGUUGCUGGCCUAGCCGUGCCUCGAGCGCCAUUCUAGACUCGCCAUUCUACAGCUGCUGCACUUGUCCAUGGGAUAAGUUAUUAAUAGCUCCUCGUUGGUCCGUCGAGUGCCUCGGUCAGCCGAGAUGGCAUCAAACCUACCACGUUCAGCUUGUUUUACAAUUGCCCUGCUCUCCAGAGUAAGUAAAACAGGGCCCCUCAUGAUUCUUGCAACUUGAAGCUACCGACUCUUAGACUAGUCAUACUAUUGCAGCGGAGAUUAUUGGCCCAGGAGCGGUUGAUACAGUGGAUUCCGUCUCGCCGUCACGUUCCUUACCAAAUAUGUCGUUCCAAGAUACACCAUUCUGUCAUUGCCAUGCCCCAGCCCAGCCCGACCUGUCUUCACUGCAAGCUUACAGAUCGUUCUUGCGGCUUGCAGCUUGCAGCUUCCAGCAGCUUGGAGAAGGACCAUAAUCUCCACUUGCCUGGCUCUCUUUCCUCGACAUCGUCUCACUGCACUGAUGCAUCCACCUGCAGCAAUGGUCAUGUAAAUGGCCAACUUGCACGUCCAGUGUGCGAUCGGAUUCUUGUCGAUAGACAGCCUUUGGCUUCCCGAAGAGUUUGAGGUGUGAUUCAUGUACUUACUUACGAUCAUGAUCUCGACGAGCAGACUACGAUGCAUCCACCUGGUGUACUACUGGUACUGCCGCAGUAUUGGAAGGGAACGAGGAGAGGAGAAUCAUCUGAGCGAUCGGUGUCUUGAAUCCAAGCAGAGCGUACUGUGACGUCGCUCGCUUGCUUAGCUCGGCCCAGCACUAUCUUAGACUCUGCACUCGUCCGCCAGCACGUAGAUACAUACAUACAUACUACUGCAUUGUGCAGAAGCUUUGGAACCGGGCCAGAAAUCAUGGCACCAACUGAAAUUUUUUCAGCUGCAUCGAUGAACCACACAUGCCACAGCACUUCAAGAAAGGUGAAGCUUUACACGCUGACACAACUGUUCGCACGAAAACCCUGAUAUUCACGAAAAGGUGAUGCACUGUGGGCCCAUAGCAGGAGGAGCUGAUUACUUUCCCUUUUCAACACGCUCAGGUGAGUGGAGGAAGAGAAAAACGAGAUUUCGUUCGCACUCAACACCUGUCAAAUGCUGUCUGGCUACCUCGGCACUCAAAUAUGAUUUUCGAUCGGUUGCUGGGCCACACCUUAAUUCCUCUCGUACUUCGCGUCCAUUAGAGCACCCCAUAAUUCUCCCCACGUAUGCAUACUGCACAGAAUCGGUAUACCGGUGAUAAACCAACGAAAUGAGCAGACUUUUUUGUGCGGUGAUUCAAAUUCCGCUUAUUUUAUGGAAAACAAUUCGUCAAAGGUCAGAACUGUGCACGUUCCCUGGCCUUGUCAUUAUAUUAUGGUCCCGAGGACAUGGAUGGGGGUGCAGGACUCAUCUCCGUUGAUUUUACAGACCCUCGACCUGCAAGCUAAGUCUGAAAAUCACCCGUUCCCUCUAUCUCACUACAGUUCCUAAACGUACAGAGGAGGCCAUAAUAGUCACGACACCUUCUCUAGAGACUCAUAUCUCUCUCGGUGGAGAAAGCUUUGGCAACUCUCUCUCUCUCUCUCUCUCUCUCUCUCUCUGUGCACGUUCCCUGGCCUUGUCAUUAUAUUAUGGUCCCGAGGACAUGGAUGGGGGUGCAGGACUCAUCUCCGUUGAUUUUACAGACCCUCGACCUGCAAGCUAAGUCUGAAAAUCACCCGUUCCCUCUAUCUCACUACAGUUCCUAAACGUACAGAGGAGGCCAUAAUAGUCACGACACCUUCUCUAGAGACUCAUAUCUCUCUCGGUGGAGAAAGCUUUGGCAACUCUCUCUCUCUCUCUCUCUCUCUCUCUCUCUCUCUCUCUCUCUCUCUCUCUCUCUCUCUCUCUCUCUCUCUCUCUCUCUCUCUCUCUCUCUCUCAACUGUACAGCUCGGAUGGU